AUGGAACGUCUUGUCUUGCUAUGCUUGCUGGUGGCCGGAACAACGGCCAUUGAGGCGAAGCGAAAAUCAGAAGGUGAACCUGGGAUAAUGCCACUCACGCCCGCAGCGAGAGAGUCGCUGAUCAACAAGAUGAAGCGAAUUAUCGACGACGCUGGCAUCCCUUAUUCGUUCGAUGAAGUCGCUUUUAGGACGGAUCUAAUGAAGACCUUGGUAAGUGACAUUUCACAAGGAAAGUACUUUUAUGGGGGCUCCUACUUUUUGACGGGACAUAUCUCAAAAAAUCAGCAAAAAUGUGCUGAUCAAGGAUAUAUAAAUCUUAGCUGCCCAUUUUAUUUUUUUAUGGGUGAAAAUGCCCAAAAACUGGCUUAAUUUCCCUACAAAUGCGCAGGCAUUCGAAACGAUAAAAAGCGCAAUCGGUCUCUUCCUUCGGAAGAGAGCGGUGUGGCCGAGUGGUUAGUGCCGUAGUCUGGGAAUCAAGAGGGGCGACGCCGCACGGGUUCGAUUUCCGUUUUGGACUGAAUCAACUUUUUUUGAAGUUGAAGGUCGGAAAAAUAAAUUUUUGGGCCAACACCGAUUUAUUACAUCUUAGAAACUCAAUAAGCAUCAUUUUAAGCAAAAAUAAAAAUUGUAAACCUGUGAAAAAUUAAGCGAAAAGGGGUUCAUAUAGGACUUUAAGCCAACUUCCGAUUGAUUUUUCACCCCUAAAAACCUAAAAUGGGCAGCUAAGAUUUAUAUAUCCUUGAUCAGCACAUUUUUUCUGAUUUUUUGAGAUAUGUCCCGUCAAAAAGUAGGAGCCCCCAUAAAAGUACUUUCCUUGUCAGAAAAAUUCUUACGGUGCCAUUAUUUAACUGCAUACGUAUAUGGCUCGGCGCGAAAUUGAUAGCGAUAUUUAUAUCUAAAUUUCAGCUCGAAGUCGUUGAAGAGAAAUACAGCAUCCCCUUGCGCAAGAAAGUCCAUGACUUCGAACACGCCAUCAUGCAAGUCCCAGAUCACAACCCACGAGGCGAAGAGUACAACAAGGCUCUGCAGAAGGCCGAGAACCUCUAUCACGCGUUCAUCGGCCACCUGCGAGAGUUGGCAAGGAUCACAUUUGAUGUCGAGCUUAUGAACUUGCGAAUGAUGGCUAAAGUAAGUCUGCAUUGAAAACAAAGAAACACUGGUUUCAGAAUGAAGUCACCAACCAAAUGCGGCUAAAUCUGGCCAAACUCAAGCAUAUACCGUAUAGCUUUGGCGGCCUUAUCAAAAAACUUUCGGAGGAUUACUAUCUCGGCAGGGAGCUAGACCUAUACGUGAACGAUGAUGUGCAAGGCGUGCUAAACGCGCUGUAUAAAUCGCCGUUUGACUAUGUCGACGCUAUAAAAAAAUUGGACGAGAAGCUGAAAGGCGGGCACGCGAAAGCAAAGAAUAUUGCGGAUGCUUUGAAGAAGAGCAUUGAGAGCGCCAAAGGCAAGAGUAAGAAGGAAAAGAAAGAGAAGAAGGAUAAAAAAGAUUGA